AUGGACUACGCCUCGUGUAAUAUUGUCUACGUGGAUCGCACAGCUCUCGAGGACAAAUUGGUGCGAAGAGAGGAUGUGGUGUCAAACGUCUCGACCGUGGAAAACUCGACUCCUGCCACCGAUGGCGCGAUAACACCUCGAGCGAUCAGUCUCGUCGACAACAAUGUGAACAUUUUACUUGGGACAUUCACUGAAGUCCACGUUUGUGCCUCGGGAAAGUCCUGCAUAUCGAAAGUCUCCGAACUCAACCGCGCAUCGAUCGUGGAUUUAAUACCUACCCUCGUUCUGAUCGAUAUCCCGUAUGAUGAUCAACUAAAUGAGCGACCCGCGAGAGAAGUUCGGACACCUUCGCCCAGUUCCAAACAACAGGUGGAUGGUCUACACGACGAUGAUCCCGGGGAGGCAUAUGGAAUAAAAUUAUUACAAUGGAUCGCAUCCGAAAUUCAACAGCACAGUUUAUCCAAACUGAUUGUACCAGUGGCCGUGGUUUCCGCGUCGGAGCAGAGUCUUGCAGUCAAUUCGUCAAAAGUUCGCAUGAGUUCGAGAUCGGAACCCGCUCCUCUGAACGGAUAUGAAAUGGGCCGACAACCCCGGAAAUUGAGCGGCAUAUACAUCCCAUUAGAUCAGAGAAGGACAAUGAGGUUUUUAGAUAUCGGCGCAGUGGAUGUCUUAACUAGUCCUCUUCUGCUGGAACGAUUGCCCAGCUUGGCAGUGCAUGCAUAUCGAGCGCAUAAAGAUGCGUCCAAGGAUCAUAGGGCAUUGAUGGAAAUGAGGCGGGGAAGAAAGCGAUCAUGGGUUGGUGUGGAGGAUCAAAAACCUUAUGCGUAUCUAAGAGAAGCUAUGGUUUCCGGAUUGAUGGAUGGAAUUUGCAGGUUAAACAGCGAAGAAUUAGAAGAGUAUGGCAAUUUGAGAGUGACGGUGGCAUUAGAUCGGAGGGAAAUGAUAGUUCAUGCCAUUAGUUCGUGGCAGUUCUCGGCGCAUGAUUUUACCGACGAUGAACUUCUUUAUGCAUCGUCAUUAAUGUUACAACAUGCACUCUCCAUGCCGGAACUGGAGAAGUGGCGGAUAUCCACAGAAAACCUUACCGGAUUUCUUCUCGCAAGCCGAUCCGCAUACAAUGCUUUUGUACCAUAUCAUAAUUUUCGUCACGUCGUUGAUGUCCUUCAAGCCACAUUUCACUUUCUCGUACGGAUGGGAAAUCUUCCAGAGUAUCCUUCCACGACAGUUGGGAUGACGAGACAAAGGCUAUCGCCAAUUGCCGAACUCAUCAGACCAUUUGAUGCUCUUACCUUGAUGAUUACUGCUAUUGGUCAUGAUGUUGGUCAUCCUGGUGUCAACAAUGCAUUUCUGGUCCAUCUAAAUGCACCACUCGCUCAACUUUAUAAUGACCGAUCCGUCCUCGAAUCAUUUCAUUGUGCUGCUUUUUCUCAGAUAUUGCGUCGUCAUUGGCUAGCGGCUUUCGAGGAGCGUGGCAUGCGACAAUUAAUGAUAAGCACAAUCUUGGCAACAGAUAUGGGUCUGCAUUUUGAUUACAUGAAGAAGCUUGGCUAUCUUCAAGAAAAGUUACAUGAGAAUGGUGGUGUCACAGAUGGUUGGAAUGGUCGAGCGAUCGAGGAUCAACGAACACUCGCCUGCUCUUUACUUAUCAAAUGUGCGGACAUAAGCAAUGUGGCACGAAGAUUUGACACCGCAACUCAAUGGACGGAAAUCUUGACUGAUGAAUUCGCUCGUCAAGCUUCCAUGGAACAGGAUUUAGGUAUUCCAACAGCUUUGUACGCACCUCCUGUUCGAGAAAUCAUUGAACUUGGCAAAUCGCAACUAGGUUUCAUGAAUAUGUUUGCGAUACCAUUGUUUGGUGGUGUGACAGAUGUCAUGCCUGGUAUGGGGUUCUGUGUCGAGGAAUUGGAAAGAAAUAAAGCUGCCUGGGAAACUAGGAUAGCUUUAGAACAGGAGAAGAUGAGGCAAGAUGAUGGGUUCUUGGGUCUUCCUGAUGGCAUGCAAUCCGGCAUGCGCUCUCCCCGUGCAAUGAGUAUUGCACACCCUGUUCAAGAUGUACCUACUAGCCAGGAUGCCACUUCGAAAUCUAGUGAAGCCUCGAAUCUCCGUGUCCAAGCAAUGCUUAACCAACGCCCAUUUGGAACAAGACAAGGUUCCAAUGACGAAUCGCCCAAAGGUACGAAACAAGGGUCACCAGAACUUUCUCCGUUGACAAGUUUGUCGGAUCGAAGGUUUUCAAAGCCCAGUCAACUUCAACUCACUCAUGCACCAGGACUUCUCGAUUCCCGGGGUCAGGGCGUAGAAACUUUGGCAAAUGGAGAUCGACAAAUCAAUGGGGUACAUGUUCAGCCAUCUCUUUCCACAGACGUCGUGAUGGUAAGUCCCCCGACACCCAAAGAACCCACAGCACCACACAACCAAAGAAGUAGCGAAACCACAACAGACGGUAGCAAUUCUGGCUCUGCUGGAGAAUGGUCUACAGGUGCAGCAACAACAAAUAACAAAAGCCCAUUUUCACCCAGCACUCAAGCGACUAGCUUCGCAAGCGAAGAUUCGAAUAAUGGUAGGGCUGUCACUCCAACUUGUGCAUCUCCGCUUGUCAAUAGUACGAGCCAUUCUUCGGCGGGCUAUGAUAGAUCAAGUCAUUCUACGAAUGACGGAUCGAGUGUGCCUGAUACGGGAUCGGAUCUUAAAGUGUUAGCGGAGACGGGGAGAAAUUUGAAAAAGAAGCCCAGCCGAUUCAGGAUGAAUGGAUUGCAUUUCUGGAAGAGGAAAAAUGGCAAUCCACCAAUGCCGGCUGGGACGCCGGAUAAGCGAGAUUCUGAUGGGACUGAAGGAUGA